AUGGGUGACACAAGGAAAAAGAAGAAGUUUUACUUCCGAAAACGUAGAAACAAAUAUUUUCUUGAAUCCGGCUUCAAAGGUUUUUUCUGCACAUGUAAUUUCCGAGAAAAAGACUGCGUUAAAGAAAUGUACAACUUGCUGAAUGAAUAUGCUGAGAAACUGUACCCAGAUUCGGGAGGUGAUCAGCCUCAACUGACAGCCACAGCAGAGGAGAAUUCCGCGAGCGAAUCUGAAGAAGAGACUGAUAUUGGUGACUUGCUUAAACGUGAAGUGGAAUCAAUGAAAAGAAAUUCUCAAAAGUCACUGAAACACAAAAGGUUUCAAGUAGUUGAGACAGGGGCUUCUAACUGUAUUUUCAUUAAAACCAAUUUACCUAGUCCAGAAGAAAUUACAACAGCUAUUAUAAGGGAUUUGUCUGCAACAAAGAUGCAGAAAACAAGACAUGUGCUUCGUUUAUUACCAAUAAUGGCAACUUGCAAGGCUAACUUACCUGAUAUUAUGGAAUGUGCUGGAAAACUUUUUGAUAAAUAUUUCCUUAAAGAAGCAUCAACAUUUGCUGUUAUCUUUAACAAACGGUUCAAUAGUAGUGUGUCUCGGGAUUUAAUAAUCAAAGAGCUUGCAGAAUUAAUAGUCCUUAAAAAUAGCAACAACAAAGCUGAUCUAAAGAAUCCAAGUCUUUGUAUUAUAGUGGAAAUUAUCAAAGGCAUUUGCCUUUUAAGUGUUGUAGACAAUUACUUUUUGUAUAAGAAAUAUAAUUUACAUGAGUUAUGUAAGGAGGAAUCAAGCAAUGACUCUGAAGGGACUCAAGCUAAGAAAUUUAAGAGUGAAGAUGAAAAUGAUAAAUAA